AAAACACACACACAGUCCUUCGUCUUCUUCUUCUUCUUCUUCUUCAUCCAGUUUCACACAAACAUAAACACACGUUAGACAUUACAUUCUUUGAUUCUCUCUUUCUCACACACACAUCUGUGUGUGUUCUUCAUACUCUGCAUAUAUAAUCUCCGGCAAACAAAAAAGGGCGAGAGGGAACGCCGUUAAUUUGGAUUCCCCACCCCUAUCAUGUGAUUGAUCCACCAAGAAAUGCACGCCAAAAAUCGGCUCCCCACCAGCGGAAACAACAGCCCUUCACCCCCUGCCUCCCCUCGUCACCUUCACCACCGCUCCUCCAAGCCCUCCGGCCGAUUCACUCACCGUUCUUUCCUCCGACGUUUUUCCCGGUUCAUCCUAUCCGUCCUUGUUCGACGCCAACGCGUCCUACUCUUCGCCCCACUUCUCUACCUCUCCAGCAUGAUCUUCUACAUGGGGACUGUUCAAUUCGACGCCGUUUCCGGUUCAAUCAGACCAUCAAUGGCUGUCGGGUCAGUCUACCGGAGUCCAGAGCUGUACGCUAAGCUCCGGCAUGAAAUGGAUGUUGAUAAUUCGACUGCUGAUGCGAUUUCAACCCUAUGGAAACGUGCUAAAGGUACAGAUUGGAGGCCUUGUAUUAACAAGUCUUCAGGAGGCUUACCAGAGUCCAAUGGAUACAUAUAUAUCGACGCAAAUGGUGGCUUGAAUCAACAAAGAACAUCUAUUUGCAAUGCAGUUGCUGUGGCUGGCUUUCUUAAUGCAACAUUAGUCAUUCCCAAUUUUCAUUUUCAUAGCAUUUGGAGAGAUCCCAGCAAAUUCAGUGACAUAUACGAUGAAGAUUUUUUCAUAAAAACAUUGGAAAAUGAUGUACGUGUGGUGAACACAAUACCUAAAUAUUUAAUGGAACGUUUUGAUCACAACAUGUCAAAUGUAUUAAACUUCAAAAUAAAAGCAUGGGCACCAAUUCGUUACUACAAAGAUACAGUUCUUCCAAGGCUACUUGAAGAAAAGGUUAUAAGGAUCUCUCCAUUUGCAAAUCGGUUGUCUUUUGAUGCCCCUCCUUCUGUUCAACGCCUUCGUUGCUUAGCAAAUUAUGAAGCUUUACAAUUUUCAAAAUCUAUUUUGAGUAUAAGUGAAAGAUUAGUUUCUAGAAUGAAAGAUCGAAGUGUUAAUAAUGGUGGAAAGUAUAUUUCUGUGCAUCUUAGGUUUGAAGAGGAUAUGGUUGCUUUCUCUUGUUGUGUAUAUGAUGGUGGAAAAAGAGAAGUUGAAGACAUGAAAGCUGCAAGGGAAAGAGGCUGGAGAGGUAAAUUUACAAAGCCUGGUAGAGUCCUUCAGCCUGGGGUCAAUAGGGUCAAUGGAAAAUGUCCACUCACUCCUUUAGAGGUGGGAUUGAUGCUUAGGGGAAUGGGAUUUGAUAAAAGUACAUCGAUAUUUUUAGCAUCUGGACAAAUAUAUAAUUCAGAAAGAUAUAUGGCUCCUUUGCUAGAAAUGUUUCCUCUUUUACAAACAAAAGAGAUGUUGGUAUCUUCUCAGGAACUUGCACCUUAUAAGAACUAUUCAUCAAGAAUGGCUGCUAUAGACUACACGGUUUGUCUCCAUAGUGAAGUAUUUGUAACAACUCAAGGUGGAAACUUCCCACAUUUUCUUCUUGGCCAUAGAAGAUACCUCUUCAAUGGACAUGCCAAAACAAUCCGACCCGAUAAACGCAAAUUAGCAUUGUACUUUGACAAUCCCAACAUCGGAUGGAGAACGUUCAAAAGACACAUGUUAGGUAUGAGGGCGCAUAGUGAUUCAAAGGGAAUGGAGUUGAAAAGACCAAAUGAUUCCAUAUAUUCAUUCCCAUGUCCAAAUUGCAUGUGCCAUACAAAUACAACAAUACAAGACUCGAAUACAAUCACACAAGGCUAAGAUUGUUUUUUUGUUUGUUUUUUUAUUUGAAAUUAUUUCAUUCUUUGAUUUGUACAUGAUUCAUGGAGUUGUAGUUUGUACAUUAGAGUUGUUUUGAUUUUGAUUUUGAUUACAUGUGAGAGGAUAGGAAGAUGUAUUUGUAGACAGAUUUGAUUUUAAAUUCCGUACAUUCAUUCAUUCAUUCAUUCAUUCAUUCAUGUAUGUUUAAGAUUGUGAUAG